ACGUGGCUUAUUUGGUGUGAAAAAUUUGUCCCUUGACACUUACCCUCAAAAUUUCAAUGGGUUAACGCCCUCAUUUUCAAAACUUAACCAUGGAAAGCAAGAGCACCACCUACUUGGCAAACCUCUUGCAGUCUUGCAUUCAGAAGAAAGCCCACCUUGCUGGCAAGCUCCUCCACGCUUUUAUCCUCCGCAAUGGUCUCGCCUCCGACACCUUCCUCGCCAACCGCCUCAUCGAGCUUUACUCCAAAUGCGGCAAAAUCGAUUCUGCUUACCGGGUAUUCGAUAAAAUCGCUCAGAAAGACGUAUAUUCUUGGAAUGCCCUGUUGGGUGCCCAGUGUAAAUUGGGCAACAUACAGGAUGCCUAUGCAUUGUUCGUUAAAAUGCCUGACAGAAACACCGUGUCUUGGAACACUUUGAUUAGUACAUUAGUUCGAAGUGGGCUUGAACACAAAGCGUUGGAUGCGUAUGAUUCGAUGAUUUUGGAAGGAUUCGUGCCUACCCAUUUCACUUUGGCGAGUGUAUUUAGUGCAUACAGCGUGUUGUUGGAUUCAGAGCGUGGUAGGAUAUGUCAUGGUCUUGUCAUUAAGAUUGGGCUUGAGAACAAUAUGUUUGUGAGUAAUGCUUUGUUGUGUAUGUAUGCAAAGUGUGGCCUUAUUCGGGAUGCAAGUCAAGUUUUUGGGGACAUGCAUGAGCCUAAUGAGGUCACGUUUACAGCGAUGAUGGGUGGUUUAGUGCAGACGGAUCGUGCCGUGGAGGCUUUGGAAAUGUUUAGACUGAUGUGCAGAAAAGGAAUUCGGAUCGAUUCUGUCUCGUUGUCAAGCACUUUAGGUGCUUGUGUCAGAGGGGUAUGUGGAGAAUUUGGUCAGGAUGAUCCGACUUUCGUGCUUUCUUCUAACGUACAUGGGCGACAAGUUCACGGCCUCAUGAUUAAACUUGGAUUUGAGAGAGAUCUUCAUUCAAAUAAUUCAUUGCUUGAUAUGUACGCGAAGAAUGGGGACAUGGAUAGUGCUGAGAAGAUUUUUACUAAUUUGCCUGAAGUCAGUGUUGUUUCUUGGAAUGUUAUGAUAGCUGGGUAUGGCCAGAAAUUCCAAAGUCAGAAAGCUGUGGAGUACCUGCAAAGAAUGCAAUGUUGCGGUUUUCAGCCGGAUGAGGUCACUUACAUUAAUAUGCUUGCAGCGUGCAUCAAGUCUGGGGAUAUUGAAACCGGGCGUCUAAUGUUUAAUAGCAUGUCAUGCCCGAGUGUGAGUUCAUGGACUGCCAUACUCUCUGGCUAUGCCCAGAGUGGGUACCAUAAUGAGGCAAUAGAACUGUUUAGGGAAAUGCAGUUUCGAAGUGUGCAAUUUGAUCGGACUACCUUGGCCAUUAUCCUCAGCUCAUGUGCAGCACUGGGGCUUCUGGAAUCUGGAAAGCAGGUCCAUGCUGCCUCACAAAAGGCUUCCCUUCAUACUGACGUAUAUGUUACCAGUGGAUUAAUUUGCAUGUAUUCUAAGUGUGGGAAGACAGAGAUGGCAAAGCACAUAUUUUUUAAUACGCCUGAAUUGGAUAUUGUUUGCUGGAAUUCAAUGAUAGCUGGUUUUUCACUUAACUCUCUAGACAUGGAAGCUUUCACUUUCUUCAAGCAGAUGAGACAAAAUGGAAUAUUUCCCACUCAAUUUUCUUAUGCUACUGUACUGAGUUGUUGUGCCAAACUAUCUUCUUCAUUUCAUGGGAGACAGGUUCAUGCCCAGAUAACAAAAGGUGGAUAUGUAAGUGAUGUCUUUGUGGGGAGUGCUCUUAUUGAUAUGUAUUGUAAAUGUGGUGAAGUAGAUGGGGCCAGGCGGUUCUUUGAUAUGAUGCCCUGUAAAAAUACUGUUACUUGGAAUGAAAUGAUACAUGGGUACGCACAAAAUGGACGUGGAUAUGAGGCUGUUUGUCUCUACAAGGACAUGGUUAGUUCAGGUGAGAAACCUGACGGUAUAACAUUUACUGCUGUUUUAACUGCUUGUAGCCAUUCAGGAUUGGUAGAUUUGGGUAUAGAAAUAUUCAAUUCAAUGCAGCUAGAGCAUGGAGUGGAGCAAGUCUUGGACCAUUACACUUGCAUUAUUGAUUCAUUGGGCCGAGCUGGUCGGUUCCACGAAGCUGAAGUGCUCAUAGAUAAGGUUCCGUAUAAGGAUGACCCAGUUUUAUGGGAGGUAUUGCUUAGUUCUUGUCGUGUUCAUGCUAAUGUGAGCUUAGCAAAAAGGGCAGCAGAGGAACUUCUUCGCCUGGACCCACAGAAUUCUGCUCCUUAUGUGCUUCUGGCCAACAUCUAUUCGGCUUUGGGAAGAUGGGAUGAUGUGAGGGCGGUUAGAGAGUUGAUGAGUGAUAAACAGAUCAUUAAGAAACCAGGUUAUAGUUGGAUCGAUUAUAAGAAUGAUAUGCGAACUCCUAUGGUGGAUGACGAUGUUAGAAUGGUUAGUGUUGAAGUUGAAGAAGUAGGUGAUGGCACUUCUUGUUAUAAUGUAUAACAUAAGAAUGAUAUGCAGACCCCUAUGGCAGAUGAUGAUCUUAGAAUGGUUAGUGCUGAAGUUCAAGAAGUGAUGGAACUUCUUGUAAUAAUGGAUAACAAAGUCGGGCCUAAUAUUUGUCAAAAAGGAUUAAUCCGCAUUUAAAGUGAAGCAACUGUAAUUUAGGUGAUAAUUAUAGCUGACUACAGGAUUUGUUACAUUUAUAUGUUGACAGAUGUUUGGUUCUCACUGUGGAAUUCUGAAGUUAAAGCUUCGACAGCAAUUGAACAAUUUCAGGAACUCCAAGGAUCCUCCCUCCUCAAACUUUGAAAAUAAAAGUCUGUCCUAUCAAAAGCAGAAAGAUGCAAAAAGAUAUAAACGAACAUUGAAAAAAGACAAUCGAUAUUCCAUCAGGCAUGAAGCUAAGGGUAGUGACGUGGAGAUUCAACUGCCUGAAAUUUGAUGUGGGUUAUUUUUUCUACUAAUAUUCAUUGUAGUGCCCCAUCCCUGGGGAAUCUCACUAACAGUUGUAGUAUUAUGACAUGGAGGUCAUGGAUUUCUUCACUGCUUCCACCGCUGCAGACAAAUCAAAGGCAACUAGUGAUCACUUUAUGUGGAAAAUACUAAAGAUUUGGACCAUAUUCAUAUCUCCCCUCCCAAGAUAACCUCCCAUGGCAGGACCAACACUUGGUGAUUGCUUUUGAAAAGAGCAGGGCAGGGCCGCAGGAAUAACCUUCUGGUUCUCACCAAGGUUUUUUCUGAAGCAAUUACC